AUGGAAGAUAGAUCAUAAAGAUUAAAUGAAUUGGAAUCUGUAAUUCAAUAUUUAAGCUUGUUUAAAAGAAUUAAAGAAUCUCACUCUCAGAAAAAGUCCUAAAAUUAAUGUCCAUAAAUUACAAAUUUGUCUGUUGAUUGUUUAUAGAAAUCCUGUGUUAAAACAAGAAAUUUCAAUACUAAGAUUUGGAGUAAAGUUAAUUGUGACGAAGACAGUUACGCAGGUAGAAAAUUUAGUAUUGAAAAAGUUGAAACAAAUAGAGAUUCUAAAAUUUCUCCAUGUCUUAAAGUCUCAUAGGCCAUUAGAUUUUAAAGAUCAAACUCUUAUUUAACUAAUUUAAGGACUGAAAUGAAAAGGAAUAUUCUAAACUAAAAUUAAUAUUCAAGAAGUCGAUCAGUGAUGAGAUAAAAUGUCCUCUUAGUUUUUGUUGAAAACUAUUUGACAAAAAAUUAGGGCACUAAGAGAAUUUGA